AUGUCGAAUGUGCCUAGGCGUCCGAAGCAUCGGAUCAGCCACACCAAAUCAAGAAAUGGCUGCUUCCCGUGCAAGAAUCGCCGUGUCAAGCGACAGUGUGACGAAGAACGACCAAUCUGUGGUGCCUGCUCCGUCAGGGGAGAUGAAUGCACCUUUCCACACCCACAAGAAACACGUGACCAGGCACGAAGACAGCUUCGAACCCGUCGCCCUCUAAUGCGCCAUGAUACAGUUGAACCGAGGGCGCCGCCAAGCAUCCCCGAGGGUGCCAUCUAUCCGCUAGAUUUCAAUGUGCCUGAAUCCCGGGUAGCCGAUUCCAAUCUCGGCGCCAGAGAUAUGAACAUGCAUGACCUGAACCUUCUACAGCACUACAUCUUGUAUACCUCUAAGAAUCUAACUCUACAACCCCGCAAAAUUCCGGUAUGGGAACGUGUGAUUCCUGAAUUGGCUUCCAAAAACGCUUUUCUCAUGCAUUUACUUCUGGCACUGGCUGGUUUGGAUAUCUUGACGACUCAAAAACCGGACCAUCAAAUGCCUGAUACAUCGGAUGCUGUUAGGCUUCAACAUUUAGUUGAGCAUCACCAAAAGGGACUACAGGGUCUCCAAGAGAAAUUGAAUGCUAUUGAAGAAACUAGCGCGGAGGUGUUAUUUGCUGGAUCAAUGUUGAUCGUCGCCUUUGCAUUCGGCUCGCUGCGGAUUGAGAAUUUAGAUCCUUCUACACAGGUAUCACAAAAAUCCUAUAGGGAAUGCAUCUUCCCGGACCCCUCUCAUCGCUUUGGUGGGCCUCGUUUAGAAUGGCUCCGACUUCUGCGCGGCGCCAGCUCCAUUGCGCGGCACUCUUGGAGGACGCUCAAAUUGGGUCGAUUGAGACCACUCUUGUUAUUUAACAAUGCCAACGAAGACUGGAAGCUACUCGGUCCAGAUCAUGUGCCCACAACUGCAUCACAAGGUUAUACACGAUCGGAAAAUCUUUCCGUAUUCGCGCUGGGAGCACGUCAAGCAAUUUCAAGUCUCAAAGAAUUUUUGAAUACCCUGGAAGCAACGAUGCUUGAGGUCGGUGAUUGUCUUGGCCCUGAGUCAGAUGAUUCUCAUCAACUUGGUGACUUAUUUGCAGCACAAAAUCAAGCAAUUGAUGUCGUUGAGCAGAUGUAUAUGCGAGUCAUAUACGUGCUUGAGCUUCAACAUAUCGAAGCAAUUUCAUCUGAUCGCGACAUCCAAAUCGAAAUGGAGGACGCAGCUAUUACAUCGUGGCCACACCUUGUCCAGGAAACUUUCAUCUCUUCACUUGAUUCUAAUAAUAGACCGGAAGUGCUCACUGGUCUGUCUUUUACCAUUCUUGCCCAUCUAUAUUUGCUGCUUGUGUUACUGGAUGAUCUCUGGUAUCUCGGGAAGAAUUUUGGUGCUGAGAUCAUGAAGAUUAAUGUCCUUGUGGCUGAGGUCGGUGAUAAAGAUUUAUUAGCUCUGAUGGAAUGGCCAGUAAAUGUUGUCGGCUCCAACUAA